AUGACCGCACACGUUUCAAAAGACGAUGAUUCCUUGUUUGCAUCAUUUUUGACCAAAGAGACAUUUGAGGGAUACGAGGAUCCAGAAAAGUUCAAGCAGUACAUUCCCAAAAUUGAACAGUACAAGAAGGCAUUGGAAGAGGGAAUUUUAGACGAGUAUAAGGUUGAGUUUCCGAAACCAAUUGAGGAGUUGGUAGAGGAGCAACUCGAUGCUGUUGACUACCUAUACAAGCACAAGCUACUCACACCCGAGGAGUUUGAAAUCACAGACUCGCCUGCCACUGAAAUUGUGAGAAACAUUGGAGAUGGGAAAUGGACUGCAGUGCAGGUUUUCAAAGCGUUUGCACAUAGAGGAACAAUUGCUCAUCAGUUUACAAACUGUGCUCACCAGUUGUUUGUUGAUGAAGGAUUGAAGCAUGCGCAAAAGUUGGAUGACUACCAAAAGCAAAAUGGGAAACUUAUUGGACCGUUGCAUGGAGUUCCAAUAUCCUUGAAAGAGCAAUCAGGAUAUAAAGGAAAGAUCACACAUGCUGGGUACGUGGGAUUGAUCGACAACAUUCCAGCUAAGCAUGCGGUGACAACACAAAUUCUCUCAGAUUUGGGGGCGGUAUUUUACAUCAGAACCACACAACCGCAAACCUUGAUGCAUUUGUGCUCAGGAAACAACUUUUCGGAAAAGACUAAAUGUCCUUUCAACAUUGCGUUAUCGAGUGGUGGUUCGUCCUCAGGAGAAGGAGCAGUGGUUGCGUUUGGUGGGUCAGCUAUUGGCAUUGGAUCAGACAUUGGCGGCUCAGUGCGAGCACCUGCUGCGUACUCAGGGUGUCAUGGAUUAAGACCAACUACAAGAAGACUAUCACUAUUAGGAGGUGUGUCCUCGGGUGCUGGUCAAGAGUCAGUUCCAGCUGUGUAUGGGCCGUUGACUAGAACAAUCAGUGACAUUGAAUACAUGAUGAAGACGUAUAUAAACAAUGGCCAUCCAUGGGAUUAUGAUGCCUGGUCAUUGUACAUGCCUUGGAGAGAUGUUCCCAAACCGCAAGCCAAAGACUUGACUAUUGCAGUCAUUAGAGACGAUGGGUUGGUGAGACCAUCACCACCUAUCAGACGUGGAAUUGAUACUGUGGCCAAAAAGUUGAAAGAAGCAGGAGUGAAAAUUAUAGAACUUGAUCCACCAAAUACUAAAUUGGCAUACGAAACAAUCAACAAAAUGUACAACUGUGAUGGUAAUGAGAAGCAACGCGAGUUAUUGGCAAAAAGUGGUGAGCCAUUGCAAAGACUUACCAAGUGGAAUUUGAAUUAUGGAGACGGUGCAAGAAACUAUACCAUACAAGAGAAUCGUAAGUUGAAUGUGAUUAGAGAUGCCUUGAGAAACGAGUACAACGAUUUGAUGGUUGAGAAAAAGAUUGAUUUCAUCUUGUCCCCAGCUUAUAACAACGUUGCGCCACGUCCAGGUGAGGUUUACAAUUGGUCAUACACUGCUUUAUUCAAUAUCUUGGACUUCCCAACGUUAGCAUUCCAAACAGGAUUAAAACAGGAUCCGGAAAUCGAUGUGUGGACUGAUGAAGAUAAGAGCUACAAAUUCAGAUCCAAGUUGGAGGAGUUGGAAAAUAGCAACUAUAAACCAGAGGAGUUCAAACACGCUCCAAUUGGGUUACAGUUGAGUGGAAGAAGGUAUCGCGAUGAGGAGGUUGUUGCUGCUGGUAAGCUUAUUGUCGACGAUAUUUUAAAGGUUAAUCUACUCAAUUGA